AAGGGCUCCCCCCCUGCAGAUUUCAACUAGCUGCUUGCAGUUCCAACUUCCAAGUCGACAGAGAUUCUGUUUUCCCACGCAGACUACUCCAGGCUCAAGUUAUCGCCUCUGGUGGUUAUUGGCUUUCUGGCGCCGGAAUAUCGCAGUGUGAAUCGAUAGUGUUUCAUCGUCGCAAUGGGGAUCUCUGUAAAGGUGACGGGAAUCACAGACAAGGCGGCACUUCAAGACAUUUACGAUUUCUUCUCGUUUUCCGGACCCAUUCAAAGCAUUAAUCUUGAGAAAGAUGCGGAGGGCGACGUGCAGACAGCUCACGUGUCAUUUUCUGAACAGAAGUCGAUGGAGACUGCUCUCUUACUUACGGGUGCCAUGAUCUUGGACAAGGUAGUAAUCGUGGAGCCAGCAACAGACUACGAACCUCCCAGCACGGCAAAGUUUUAUGAUACAACGAAGGGAGAGGGGAAGGAGACUCCAAGCAGCCCAGCUACCAACAUUGCUUCAGCAGCUCAAGAGAUGGUUCGCUCUCUCUUAUCUCGAGGAUACACCCUUGCUCAAGAUGCCAUGCAGCGCGCUCGUGAUCUGGAUGCAAGGCUGGCGUUCUCUAGCUCUGCUGCGGCAGGCACCGCUGCCAUUCGAGAUGGCAUCGUUGCCCUCCCAGCCACAAUCUCUGAAGGAGCCAAAACCGUGGGCACUAAUGUGACAGAAGGAGCCAAGGUGGUGGGCUCUACAGUGGCAGAGGGUGCAAAGGCAGUUGGGUCAACAGUUUCAGAGGGAGCUAAAGUUGUUGGAUCAAGCGUUGCAGCCACUGCGGAUACGAUUGACAAGAAGCUUUACAUCUCACAGAGUUUCAAAGCGGGGACAGGAGCCUUGGCCAAGUCCCUGAGUGUCGUUGAUGAGAAGCUGCAUCUGUCUGAGACCACGAGAGGGGCGUUUGUGGCUGCAGAGACAAAGCUCAACGAGGCUGGAGAGAUUCUGGUGCAGAACAAGCUCAUUGCUUCCAGCAAGGACUUCGUGAUGGGCGUCACUUCCAAAAUAUCAAAUAUGGUUGAAGGGGAGGCGAAGCCACCUGCAGAUGCUACUUCUCCUGCCGAGGAAAGCAAGGAUGGGGUUGAAGCAGCCAAGCAGGCUGAGCCCAAAACUGAGGGAGCAACUGCCAAAGAAGCUGUAGCUGAGGCUCCUCAAGCUGCAUCACCUGUCGAUGCUGGAGCAGAUAAGGCAGCUGAAGGGACCAAGACAGCGACAGAUGCACCUGCACCGGCUAGUAAGUCGAAGGAAGAGGAUACCCCUGUGUUCUGAUCGCGCCCUAGUUUAAUUGUGCAGUACCAUCAUGCUCAUGGACAAUUCACAGUUACCGGUUGGGUGUAUACACCACAGGUGAAAACAGUGCAUUGAAUACAAUGUGCCUGUUUACUGAAGACAAGCCAAUAUUUUCGACUUCAUAAUAUGUCAUGAGAGAGAAAACUGGGAAGGGAGACCCCUGCACUACAAUCCACCUU